GACAGGAAGUGUAGCUCUGCUCUAGUCCUAGGAAGCCACGUCAGAGAAAUCGGCCCAAACCAACAACGAUGACAAAUUCAAACGCAAUCGUAUAGCAACACCACGGAGAAAGGAGUUUCUAACUUAGCUAGCCACCGAGGAUUAUUUUCUGGACAGAUCCAACCCGUUCAGGGACAAUUGUCAGAACUGUGGUCCCAAAGAUUUGGAUGCAAACAUGUCAGACUUCGGGGACUGGUUUAAAACCAUACCUAUCAUCACCCGGUACUGGUUUGCUGGGUCAAUCAUAUUUCCGCUCAUCGGAAAAUUAGGGCUUAUUAGCCCCUAUCACCUCGUUUUAUCGCCAGAGUUAUUCUUCCGAAAAUUUCAGAUAUGGAGACCGAUAACCUCAACGCUAUAUUUCCCAACGGGAUUCGUCUACCUGAUCACCCUCUAUUACCUGUACCAGUACUCCAGCAGGCUCGAAACAGGUGCCUUUGAUGGGAGACCAGCGGACUACAUAUUCAUGCUGCUGUUUAACUGGAUUUGCGUUGUUAUAAUAGGAUUCAUUAUGAACAUGCCGUUCUUGAUGAUAUCCCUGGUCAUGUCCGUGCUGUAUGUGUGGGCCCAGAUCAACAGAGACACGAUCGUCUCCUUCUGGUUCGGAACCAGGUUUAAGGCAUGGUAUCUCCCUUGGGUCAUUCUUCUAUUUAACUACAUCAUUGGAGGCUCGUUGAUCAGCGAACUGAUUGGAAACCUAGUCGGGCAUCUCUACUUCUUCUUGAUGUUUAAAUACCCCAUGGAUUUGGGCGGCAGGGCCUUUCUUUCCACCCCUCAGUUUCUGUACCGCUUCUUCCCCAACAGAAGAGGGGGAGUCUCAGGAUUUGGGGUGCCGCCCCCCAGCAGGAGGCCGGCGGCCCAGGAGCAAGAAGGGCCCGCCCGGGGGCGUCAUAACUGGGGCCAAGGCUUCCGGCUGGGUGACGACUGAAGAGCCGCGGAGGGAGGCAGCAGAGGCUUCUCCGAGACUUUUACCGUGCCAGUGGAAAAGACGAAGGACGUUUAGGAUGUUAUUUUCCCCCCCCCCUCCCCCCUCUCCUCGGACAGGUGUAAGAUCAGUCUACUGGCAGUGUCACACCUGCAGAUCAGCAUGUGAUUUUGGUUUGGUUUUGUCUGUACUCUUUAAUGAUGACAUAUUGUAUUUCCCUGUAAUUAAAAAGGUCCUGCGUGUGUAGCAUCCAGAGCUCAAUAACAGCAUUCAGUGCUGCAAGAACGCUGCUUAUAAACUUGCCUUCAACCGCAAGAAGAACACAAGCUUCCCUGCCUGUUUUAAAACUCACUGUGUGAGGGGGCAUUUAGACCAGCAAUUUGGGGCUUAAAAAGAUUAGUUUUUUUCUACAGGCUUCUUAACACUGAAAUGUUUGUCUGCCAUUAGUGAGCUGUUAUGUAGAGGUAGUAAAACACUGUCCAAUGGGUGGGGCUUUGUGUUUUUUUUUUUUUUUCUGAUUUGUGAUCUCAACGUGAUCUCAACGUGAUCUCAACGUGCUUUUUGAGGCAAGAGCAGCUCUGCAUUGGGGUUUCUGCUCCUCGAUGGCAGUCGUGCCAGUCGGUCAAGGGGAGAUGAAACCGUACCAUUCGGAUCUCUGUAAAACUGUGCCAUAUCAUACCCAACCGCUCUCGUUAAGCUCUGUGACAGGGAAGCUUAAUGAAAAUGUCAUGGAAAUGCACUGCAAGGAACAGAGGGCAUAUGUGUUCUGUAGAAUUAAAAAUAGCACUGAAUUCUGGGAAAUAAUACCACUUCCAGAAGAUAAACGAGGUGACACAGGGUGCCAAAAUACUGUUCCCAAGGGGAAGGCAUCUCAAAAUGUUGCAGUAGGCUGAUUAAUCUGGCAUGGGAUUCAUAGCUACUCCAUAAUGGAUGCUAGACUAUAUGUACAAAAUUAAAUUUCUGCCUAGGUACUUGUAAAAAAAAUCAUAGGUUCAGACAAAUAUGCAUACUUUAAAAUUGACACCUAUACCUUUCCUCACACUUUAUCCUAUUUUAAUGACAACUGAUAAACCAAUAUUGGUCAUCAAAUCCUUUGAUACCAUUAGACAAUUGGUUCUUUUUCAGAUUGUUUUGUCAAUUGCAGAUCUCUGAACGUAAUUUCAUUAAUUUUCCUAUCUGAAUGUGGAGCGCAUAGUAAGAGAUUAAUGUUGGUCUUGCGCUCUGGUGGUCUUUGUAUAAUUGUAAUAUUCCUACACGUCCAAUUCAUGCAUUGUUGAAUAAAACAUUUUCAUGCA